AUGCUUUUCAUGGAGUACUUGAAGGAAGUGGAAGGAAAAAGGGUCCAUGAUUAUGUUCAGGUAAAGAUGGGUAAAAUGACAAGGGCAGUAUGUGUGGCAGGACCAGUGAUAGUGGGAGCUGGACCAUCAGGGCUUGCUGCAGCAGCAUGUCUUAAACAGAAAGGCAUUCCAAGCCUAAUCCUUGAAAGGGCUGAUUGCAUAGCUUCAAUGUGGCAGCUCAAGACUUACGAUCGCCUAUGCCUUCAUCUCCCUAAGCAAUUCUGCCAACUCCCUCUAAUGCCAUUCCCCCAAAACUUUCCCUCUUAUCCAACCAAGCAACAAUUCUUGGCCUACUUGAAGGCCUAUGCCAACCAUUUUGAUAUCAAACCAACUUUAAGCAAGACAGUGGUCAGUGCCGAUUAUGAUCACAGAUGUAGCUGUUGGAGGGUGAAGACUGAAGGCUUGAAAAAGGAGGAGACAGAAUAUGUUUGUGAGUGGCUCAUAGUUGCUACUGGAGAGAAUGCUGAGGAGUUUGUGCCACAAAUUGAAGGAAUGGACGAGUUUGAAGGGCCUAUCUUACACACUAGCUCAUAUAAAAGUGGCAAUAUGUUUUGUGGGAAGAAUGUUUUGGUGGUUGGAUGUGGAAACUCAGGAAUGGAAGUUUGCUUAGAUCUCUCCAACCAUAAUGCUCGCCCAUCCCUUGUGGUUAGAGAUACGGUUCAUAUAUUACCUCAGCAAAUGUUUGGGAAAUCAACUUUUGGUUUAGCUAUGUGCUUGCUUAAGUGGUUCCCUAUACGCGUGGUGGAUAAGUUUUUACUUCUAAUGUCACAUCUCAUUCUUGGGAACACAGCUCAAUAUGGACUUCAUCGUCCCAAAAUUGGCCCUCUAGAGCUCAAGAACUUGUACGGCAAGACCCCAGUUUUGGAUGUUGGGACACUUGCUCACAUAAAAAGUGGAAAAAUUAAGGUUUGCCGCGGAAUUAAACAACUAGCACAACAGAAGGUGGAGUUUGUGGAUGGAAAAACAGAGAAUUUUGAUGCGAUCAUUAUGGCAACUGGUUACAGAAGCAUUGUACCCACUUGGUUGAAGGGCAGUGACAUGUUUUGUGAGAAGGAUGGAUUGCCUCGGAAAGCUUUCCCAAAUGGAUGGAAAGGUGAAAAUGGACUCUAUGCCGUGGGUUUCACCAAACGUGGUCUUCUUGGAGCAUCUAUUGAUGCAAAGAGGAUAGCAGAAGACAUUGAACAUUGCUGGAAAGCUUCUAAGACCACGCAAGUGUAG